AAAAUUCAAUUGAGUCCAGUUGUUGUUUUCUCCUUUUGUCUAAGCAUUUUACCAUCUCAUAUCCUUCCAUUCUCAGUUGUUGAGCGACCAGCGGCCUUCUUACUCGAGAAUAUGAUUGAUUGAUUUCUGGACCUGCUUGCUCGGUAACAUCCCCUAUUCAGUCAGUAAUCAGCAUGGCAACCCUACGAGUGAUGGAACCUGGUCAGUCUGUCACGAGACAGAAGGCAAUCGAGGAUGCUCGAAAGACUCAAGCCUCCGUUUUGGAAGAAUGUGCUAGGACCAACAAGGAUCCGCCGCUAUACGUCCUCACGGAGCUCAUUGGAAAAGGCAGCUUUGGGCGAGUGUACAAAGCGACCAGGACCGGUGGUGCUCCCAAUCAGCUCGUUGCCGUCAAGAUCAUCAACAUCGAGGAGAGCGAUAGUGCCAGCCCUCGCCUGGCCGAUACCUUCAACGAAAUACUCAAGGAGGUCAACACCAUCAAGAUGCUCGGCCAGAGCGGUGCCAGGAACAUCAACCACGUGCUUGACACCCAGCUCGUUGGCCAGUCCAUGUGGAUCGUCACCGAGUUCUGCGCUGGUGGCAGUGUCGCAACCUUGAUGCGCCCAACUGAGGGCCUCACCGAGAAAUGGAUCAUCCCCAUCCUUCGGGAGACUGCCGAGGCCAUUUACUGGGUCCAUAAGCAAGGAAUCAUCCAUCGGGACAUCAAAUGUGCCAACGUGCUCAUCACUGAUGAUGGUGGGGUUCAGCUUUGCGACUUCGGAGUCGCGGGCGUCCUGGACACUAAGAUUGACAAGAGAACCACUGUCACCGGGACCCUGCACUGGAUGGCCCCCGAACUCUUUGACCCAGACCCCUCCUAUGGUACCGAGAUCGACAUUUGGGCGUUUGGUUCUAUGGUCUAUGAAGUAGCCUCAGGAUUUCCACCAAACGUCACUACCGCCAUAGACAUCUCAACAUUCGGCUCUCAACUCAAGCAGCACUGUCCGCGACUCGAAGGCGACAAGUACUCUGCUCAGCUCAAGGAUCUCGUCGCUUUUUGUAUGGUGGAGGAUCCGAAGCAACGCCCUUCUAUUAGCGACAUCCAGAAGCAUCCCUACAUCGCUGACACCGCCGGGCGCUUUCCGACCGCGUCUCUGUCACAACUUGUCAAGGCCUAUAAACUAUGGGAGUCUCAGGGUGGGAUCAGAAACUCGCUCUUCUUCGCGGGCGGUGCUAGAAACCUCUCCGACGAUCAUCCAUCGGCCUUGAGGGAUGAGUGGAGGUUCGAUACCAACAUAUUCAGCAAUGGUCCCGAUGAUGCAGACCUUCAAGCAGUUUAUGCUGCCUAUGGGGCAACAGUCGGAUUCCCAGCCGAAACUCUAAAACCAAAGCCGCGUCGCCGGAUGCCGCCCCCUCAGAUUAACCCUCUCAGAGGCCCGCUCGAAAAGAUAUUCGACCCCAACACCAUAAGCAACUAUGACGAAAACUCGCGGGCCUUCUAUGGCAGGGAAAACCACAACCCCACCGCGGAACCGGUAUCUGAUCUGCCGCUCCGCAACAGCUCGCAAGGUGCGAAUCUUCGAGAGUCCCUAAUAGAUCUGGACAUGUCCCUUGACGGGAGCAGGCUUUCGCGGUUUGCAGAUACUGGCGCCCCUCAUCUGGCAAUAGAACCAGUCACGGGACAUCGUCGGUAUAGCCGGCCCCUGUCUACCGACUCGCAAGAUCUCGCAGACCCCAACCGCCGAACCCGGGACUGGACUUUCCCGAUGAUGUCGCCUUCUUCGGCCGACACCGAGAAGCCGCUCCCCGUUCCGGGCGAUAGCGGGCAAUCUCCCCGCCGCAAGGGGCUGACUAUAUCCCAGGACGAGCCGAAACGACUCUCGGCCGUGAGCCUCAUCGACCUGGACGCGAGCGAGCCGGGGGGCUUCUCAGACUUUUCUCGACCGUCGACGGCGCACUCCAACUCGGCAUCUAGCGUUGAUUCGGGAUCCUUCGACCUCGAGAGAAACACCUCGGGCGGGGCGGGGACGCCCCCGAACCCCAGGCAGCCGUCCCUCUACGCCCCGGACGGCCUCUCCCCCGAUUUCGCGCCCGGGUACCAGCUGGGCGGGAUUUCCCAGGAAGGCCCGGCCGGCGCGGUCCCGCGGAAUCCUCGCAGCCUCCAGACCAAGCCGGGAGAGCCCGUCGAACUGCCGCUGGCGCCGGCCCCGCCGUCGACGCAGGUCAUGCACGGGCUGGGCACCCGGGACGACGUCAAGGACGAGCUGCUGCGGUUGAUAUCGAGCAUGGCCGAUCACCUCCAGUAUACUGAUGCUGCGAUCAAGAGCCACCCAGUUCGUCGCGCGGCCCGCCUGUCGAAGGGCCGCUUGCCUUCGUCUUCUUGAUUGUCGAGCUUGCUCCUUUGGGUUGUUGAAUUCCGGGGAGUGGGAACGACUCCAGCAGAGCUCUUAGAGCUAGAUUGUCUGUUAGGCCAUGGCGGAGAGCCGUUCUCUCAGACGAGGGUCACUCCUGUGUCAUC